UUUUCUUUUUCUUUUUUUUUCUGGAUAAGUGGGAAGGGCUGAGAGACAGUGAAGAUGCCGAAACCGAUCAAUGUACGAGUGACGACAAUGGAUGCGGAGCUGGAGUUUGCCAUCCAGCCAAACACCACUGGCAAACAACUGUUUGACCAGGUGGUGAAGACUGUGGGUCUGCGUGAAGUUUGGUUUUUUGGGCUGCAGUACACAGACAGUAAAGGCUACACCACAUGGCUGAAGCUCAAUAAGAAGGUGACACAGCAGGAUGUGAAAAAGGAGAACCCUCUACAAUUCAAGUUCAGAGCAAAGUUCUUCCCAGAGGACGUGUCUGAAGAGCUGAUCCAGGAGAUUACACAGCGCCUCUUCUUCCUGCAGGUGAAGGAGGCCAUUUUGAAUGAUGAAAAUUACUGCCCUCCAGAGACAGCAGUGCUUCUGGCGUCGUACGCAGUUCAGGCCAAAUACGCAGACUACAACAAAGACAUCCACAAGCCUGGCUAUCUUGCCAAUGAAAGGCUGCUGCCACAGAGAGUUCUAGAGCAACACAAACUGACUAAAGAACAGUGGGAGGAGAGAAUACAGACCUGGCAUGAGGAGCAUAGAGGCAUGCUCAGAGAGGACUCGAUGAUGGAAUAUCUGAAGAUUGCUCAGGAUCUGGAGAUGUAUGGAGUGAACUACUUUGAGAUCAAGAAUAAGAAGGGGACAGAACUGUGGCUGGGAGUGGACGCUCUAGGGCUCAACAUUUACGAACAUGAAGACAAACUCACACCGAAGAUUGGCUUCCCGUGGAGCGAGAUCCGAAAUAUUUCAUUCAACGACAAGAAAUUUGUCAUCAAGCCCAUUGAUAAGAAAGCACCAGAUUUUGUGUUCUACGCACCGCGGUUGCGGAUCAACAAACGGAUUCUGGCUCUUUGCAUGGGCAACCAUGAGCUGUAUAUGAGGAGGAGAAAGCCGGACACCAUUGAGGUGCAGCAGAUGAAGGCGCAGGCCAGAGAGGAGAAGCACCAGAAACAGAUGGAGAGGGCUCAACUCGAAAAUGAGAAGAAGAAGCGAGAGCACGCAGAAAAAGAGAAGGAAAGAAUAGAACGUGAGAAGGAUGAGCUGAUUGAGCGCCUGAGACAGAUUGAAGAGCAAACGAUAAAGGCACAGAAAGAACUGGAGGAGCAGACACGCCGGGCUCUGGAGUUGGAUCAAGAGAGGAAGAGGGCAAAGGAGGAGGCAGAACGGCUGGAGAAAGAGAAACAGACUGCCGAGGAGGCCAAAGCCACACUGGCCAAACAGGCAGCCGACCAGAUGAAGAACCAAGAGCAACUGGCCGCCGAACUGGCAGAGUUCACAGCCAAAAUCGCCCUGCUGGAGGAGGCCAAGAGGAAAAAGGAAGACGAGGCCACGGAAUGGCAGCACAAAGCUAUUUCAGCCCAGGACGACCUGGAGAAGACCAAAGAGGAGCUGAAGAAUGUGAUGACUGCAGCAGUGCCAGCUGGCGGCUCUGCAGAGAACGAGCAUGAUGAGCAUGACGAGAGCAGUGCCGAGGCCAGCGCCGAGCUGUCCAACGACGGGGUGGCACACCAGCGCAGCGAGGAGGACCGCCUCACUGAAGCCCAGAAGAACGAACGCGUCAAGAAACAGCUCCAGGCCCUGAGCUCAGAGUUGGCCCAAGCCCGGGACGACUCCAAGAAGACCCAGAACGACGUUCUACAUGCCGAGAACGUCAAGGCUGGCAGGGACAAGUACAAGACCCUCCGGCAGAUCCGCCAGGGUAACACCAAGCAGAGAAUUGACGAGUUUGAAUCCAUGUGAGGACUGACCCUGCCGCCCCUGGUCCCCCUUUGUCGUCCCACUCUUAAAGCCGCAGCCCUGAUGCCUUGGCGGCUGGCUUACAAGCACAGCGUUUUUUUGUUUUUUCUUUUUGUUUUACCUUCCCAUCCCUUAUCCCUAUGUCCCUUAACCCAUGACUCCUGACCCCAAAACCCCUGCUUUUCAGAGAGGCUAGAGGGACAUGGUUGCCACCCCCCUCCCAUAAUGCUUUGCCAAAGCUCUCGCCGUCUCCAGCCAGCCAAUCAGGCUGCUUCUUGUGAAGCUCCUCCUACACCCCUACCUGAAUCGUCCAAUUAGGAGCAAGCUAUGUAUCAUAUCUCUAUGAACUUCUGAAUUUUUUUUUUCUUUAAACCUAUAAAGGAGAUACUAAAAUGGGAAUGUCAUUUUAGAAAAAAAAACAAAGAAAAUUAAGCAAAGAGUGCUUUUAUCAAAAUGGCCAUCAGUUCAUUUUUUUUUUUUUUUGUUUUUUUCCUUUUUUCCCCCAUCAUGUGUCAGAAGGCUUUAUUCACUAUGCUUUAUUCACACAACUUACACAGAGCUUAAAGUGUUUCUUUUAAGCUUUUUCUGUCUUUUGUUCUUCUUUCUUCACCAUUUUAUUGACACCCUGCUUUUAAUAUCCGUUAAUUCGGUGGCUUAGCAAGUCCAGGUUUGGAGGGCGGGUCUUACAAGAACAUUUCACAAUUUCCCCCACUGCCCCCCCCCUCGUGAGCUCACAGAAACCCCCCUCCAUGGCUAAGCCACAAGCAACUAAGCGCAAACAUGGAAAUCAAGACGACCAUUAGAAACCGCAGAAGGUGCGUUUGCGGUUGAAUGAAUGUGAACAAUAACCAAAACUAAGGAUCACCAAAGGGAAGCUAUUAUACACAUCACAUGAGGAUGAUUCAAACUAAUCUGUAAAAAUACUGUCGAGUCAAACUUGGAGCAAGGUUACAGCGAAAAUUGCUAGCAGACGUUCGAAAAUACACUGAUGACGAAGUUGAGUGUUGCUACAUCAUGAGCUGAUAUAAGCUUUGAAUCUAAGCAGAGUUGAUGUCUUAGAGGUCCUGCGUUAUGUGAUGCGUACAGGGUUGGGACAGGCUGUCUUGUUGGCGCAUGUUGGUGGAAAAGGAGUCCAUUAGGAGGUUGUACGUCCUCAGUGUUUCAUGUCCAGUCUCCAUAUCGAUGGUUUUCCCUGCCUACCGGCUCACAAAGGCCUAGGGAAUUAGCAGACAGGCAGACAGACAAAACUGCCUGACCGAAUGAAUGUAAUGGCAGGAGUGAGUUAGUGUUUAAUGUAUGCAUGUAAUGUAACGUGCAGCUCUGUCUGUCUGCUUCUCUGUUUAAUUAUGUAUGUACUGGUAUAUGCGGAUGCUUCAAACAGCCACCUAUGGCCUUUCUGACUGGGGAGCAUAUGAAAACAUCAGUCCUGGCUUCAGGAUGGCUCUCUACCUCAUUACUGUAACCAUGGCGACUGCCACAUCAAACACUAGGUGUGGGUGUUUCCCAUCUCCAUAGGGUUCAGUUAGAUGGGACCGAAGGGCAGGUGGCGACUUUUGUUGGAUAGCAACCUUCAAUUAGGCAGCCUGGCUUCUUCAGUGGACUUCAGAAGUUGUGCGUCAUUCUGUACUCAGCAUCAGGCCCAUAUUAGGAGCUCCGGGUCUAAGCAGUCAUGCCCCGUUCCAAAGACGAUAAGUUUAACCGUACUAUUCUUCCACCGGAUCCUCUGAAUUGCCUCUUUGAGCUGAAAUAUGACUAAUGCUGCAUACAAGCUAACACUGCUGUGCACUAAAUUGAUAUCAUAAGACUUGCAGCUUUACCAAAAACACCCCACAUAAACCAGCAAGCUUAGUUGAAAGUUGCUUUGGCAGUAGUAGCCUUUCGUUUGAGUAGCUGGUGUUGGUAAUUAAGAAUGUUGGAGUUUAAUAGAUUUAUUUUCAUGUGAUAAUUUCAGUGCAGAGCAGUGUCAGCUUGCUUGCAGCAUGUAUAUAACAUUAUUUGUUUCUGCUUGAACUGCUGAACAGCCUUAUAACUCAGAAGAUUCAGUGACACUUGGGAAAUUGGUUUUAUAAAAUGUUUGUUUUCCACAAGGUGAAACAGAGACAGUUUUCAAAAAUACUAUUCAUUUUUCUCAUAGACAAAACCAGAGCUCCUAAGACGGGCAUGUUUCCGACUGCAGAAUGACACAGCUUCAGAGGCCUGUUGAUUUUGAGUCUAGAUCAGGGGUCUUCAUCUCCAGUUCUGGAGGGUGGGUCUCCAGUCCAGUUUGGUCAUUUUUUCCCUCUCUUACUAGUUCAGAGAUUCCUAAUUCACCUCAUCUAUUAUUGGCAAGGUUUAGUAGGUGUGUUUUUUCAGGGGAACUGAGACCCCUGUUCUAGAUACAGAGUCCAGAAUCCUGGCUCGUGUGCAUUUGUGUGGCAAUUAGAUUAAGCAGUAUGAAUUGACAGCUCAGUAUUAUUGUUUCUAGGUCCAGUCAUUGAGUAGUUGCUGCUGCUUCUUUACCCCACUGAAAGCUGAUACUAUAGAUCUACAUACAUACGAUACCAAAGCUGUCCUGUGAUGUGUUAGUUAUUAUAAACAUUGUGCUGAGUUUCUUCAUACAGUGAAAAGGGGAAAUCACUCUGAAGAAACUGGUCCCUCCUACCUUCACUGGUAGAGGGCAAGAAGCAUGUGUAGAACAUUUCUUAAAAUGGCACAUUGUCAGGUGUAGCAGACUUCUAUCCCCGAUCUAAAAGGAUGUUAAGGUGUUUGUCUUUCCGUUUUUUUUUUUGUUUUUUUUUUAAUAUUUUCUGUUCUUUUACGUAUGAAGACAGUCAUUUCUGUACGUAUCGUUCCAGUCAGGUCUCAGCACUGCAAGGAAAGAGCUUGUACUUUUGUGAACACUCAGUCGUAGAAGCUGAAGCUUUGAAAUGGGAAGCUUUUGUCACAUGGUUUGUAAUCCACCCUCAAGAUCUGCUAUUUUUCUCUUCAUCCUUCUUUUCAUUAGUCCCAAGGAGAUGGGUAUUAAAGCAAUGAACAAAAAAAAAUAAUAAUGAUGACAGUCAGGGAAAUAAAUGUAAACGGCUGUCGAUCUCCUUUGCUGGCUAUUGCAACACAUUUUUUGAUAACCGUACAUUCAUAAAGGUACUUUACUUUCGUUUUUACAUUCAUAAAGUCCUUCAGCAUAUCUGGUGCAAAUAUUCCCAUAGUGUGCAAAAAAGAAGGCAGGCCAAUCAAAUUGAUUCUUUAACCUUCCCCCACCUUCAUCCCUUAAGAAAUGACUUGAUCAGUAAUGUAUUGCAGCAGCAUUUUGGGUAAAAUCUGGAUUUUUAUUUUGUAUUUUUCAAUGUGACUAUGUUGGUUUCUUUUUUUUUUGUUGCUUAUUUUAUGCUAGCAAAGUUGGUGGAAGUUUAGAUCUGACCUUUAAAAGCCAGAGUGUCCAAAGGUCAGGAGCACUUGUGUUGGGUGGUUAGGACACUAAGGAGCUUAACACAAGCCCGAAUGUUCAGUUUCUUUUCUAGGCAGGUGUCCAGAAAGAUGGGAUGUAUUGCCAUAGCAAGAGAAAUACUGUGCUUCCAAAAUGUGUUGGUCUUUUAUUUUUUUCCUUUCUUUUUUUGGGAAUUUAUGAAUUUGAACCACCAGCGUUAGUAUGCUAGUCUUCACUAAAGGGCAGAGGAUUGCUACCUUAAGACAACAAUUGGUAUAAAAGGUUGUUGCCUGAGUUAUUAUUGUUCUUUUUUUUUUAAGUAGCCAAGUACAUUUUGUUGUAUGUUUUCAUGGGUUGAUAUUGGCCUGCUAGCAUUUGAGUGAUGGGAAAAAUAUCCAGAGCAAAACUGCUGCUGCUUCUGGAACCAGCUGUCAUGUUUGCUGUUUUUUGUUUUUUUUUGUUGUUUUUGUUUUUUUUCUCCCCAAUAUGUUUAUAUAGCUUUCUGUUACGUUACAUAGAAAUAACACAGUGGAGAUUUAUCCAUGACUACAUAUGUUGGUUCAAAAAUAAAGAUGAAAUAUGUAAAUCC